AGAGAGGGGGGAGAGAAAUCUAGAUAAGGAAAUAAAGUCCACAAAAAUCUAAUCGGGCGGGCGCCUGAAUACUUCUUCUCCUUAAUUUAUUAAUACGUCUUCAAAAAAAUCGAUUUUCUUUAAUUCAUAUAGGACCCUUUUUUUUGUACUGUAACAGGCAAGCAUUUUGUACAGCCACGUUAAUUUGAACAGGGAUUUUCCGUUCUUCUUUCCCGUGCUCCCCGUACUCUCCAAUGACCGAAAAGAAUGGAGUAAUAUCGUGAUAAAUAAACGGAUUUUAGUACAGAAGGGAGCCGAGGUCGGUGCCCUUCGAACGGCCACAGAGGAUCCGGAAAGGAACACCCAUAUUUAUGCCUGGUACCACUGGUCGUUGCUGCCGGGCAACCGUAGAUGCCCGUUGCUGUUGCUGCUGCUGCUGCUGCGCGGUUACGUCCCACAGCCGUUAAAAGUUACUACCGCCGUCAAGGACGCGUUACGGCCAAAGGGAACGGGAGUGGGAGUAGCUUCCAAGGCGCAGGCGCAGCGACCCCCUCGAGACGAGAUCGCGUGGGCGCAACCACCCAGGAAGAACCACAAGAUAACGCAACACACCGGCGCAGCGAGAGGCAGAGAGGUUUGGAGCUCGCCCGGUGGGACACGAGACGCAGGUCCGGCGCACGCGGAGAGGGGGUUAAUUGGAAGGAAGGGCUGGUCCGCCGGGAGCAUGGAGGAGCCGUCGCCGGCCGACCCCCCGCGGAUUUUCUGGAAGGCGAGGAGGAGGUCCGCGCCAGCCAAUGGCCGGAGCUUGCAAGUGCAAGAACUUAACGAUGAGACCGCCGCCACCAGAGAAGCGACAAAUGAAGAUUCCAUGAAGAUUGAUGAUGCAAAUGCAGCAAGCACUACUGCUGACGAUGGUGCUAAUCAUCCAGAUCCAAAAGCUAACCUAUCCGAGAAGCGAAAGGCGCUCUUUGAGCCCCUGGAGCCAAUCAAUGGCAAGCGCAACUCCGCCAGCAUGCUGCUCCCACCACCAGACUUUGAGCCUGCAUCAUACCCCAAAGGAUGGCUGGUUGGCAAGAAGCGCAAGCUCGUCAAUGUCGACGUGGUGGAGAGCAUGAGGAGGAUAGCGAUCCAGGAGAUGAACAGAAAGGACCGUGAGAUUGGCGGGCUGAAUGAACAGCUAGAGGAGGAUUCCCGGGUGCUAGAGCUUCUGCAGAAGCAGCUCGCGGAUGAGCGCAGGAAGCGCUCAGAGAUCGAGAAAGAAAACUCCAUGCUCCAAGGGCAGGUGUCCAUGCUGAUGAACAUGCUUGAUGAAAAUGAAGCCUUCGACGAGGAAGGAGAGGAAGUGCCACCGCCAGAUUCGUUGGAUUAAGAAUUUCUGGCGAGUGUAGCUUGUUCAUCUUUGGGUACCAGUUUCAGAGUAUCCCAGAGAGGUUCCUAUUCAUAUUGUGUAGAAUUCCGUCGUUAUCUCAUUUCAUUUCAUGGUUUGGUUUGUGUAGACAAAGGGUGCAUGUUUUGUUGCUCCCUGUGCCUAUCUAGGUUGGUUGGUUGCGAGUGUAUGGAGACACUUGCGACAUAUUUUUAUCUGAAUGGAAGUGUUUAUACGGUGUUAUGACAUUUUGCAUCUGUAAAUGUAGCGCAGCAGUGUCAUAAACAGGCAGCAAGAUGAGUAAAAGAUGGAUAAUCUGUCAGAAA